UGCUUUUAAAAAAUAAAAAUAUAGAUGGUCACUUAAUAUUUGAAAAUACACUAUAUUGCCAAAAGUAUUGGGACACCCCAAAAUCAUUGGAUUCAGGGGUUUCAAUCACCUCCAUGGCCACCUAGGCAUGUAGACUGCUUCUAUAAACAUUUGUGAAAUAAUGGGUCGCUCUCAGGAGCGCAGCGAAUUUAAGCGUGGUACCGUCAUAGGUUGCCACCUGUGCAAUAAGUCCAUCCAUGAAAUUUCCUUGCUACUAAAUAUUCCAUGGUCAACUGUUAGUGGUAUUAUAACAAAAAUGUGGAACUGGAACAACAGCAAACUCAUCCAUGAAGUGGUAGGCCACGUAAAAUGACAGAGCGUGGUCAGCACAUGCUGAAGCGUACAGUGCGCAGAAGUCUCCAACUAUCUGCAGAGUCAGUAG